AUGGUGGAAGAGGUGGUCCAGGAGGGCAUCUACCUCAGCCAAGGCCUCCUCUUCUCGCACCAACUCGCCAGUCAUCCCCUUGGCGAGAGCGAACACGGGCGGAUUGCGGAAACUGUACCCCGCCACUUCAACGACACUCUCCAUGUUCCUGUAGUAGACCCCGUCGCACUCAAACACCGUGCUGUCUUCCACGUUCCCACUCCCACCUUAACCUGCCACGUACGCCUUCACGUCCCCGUCGCAGGGCGCGAGGCAGGUGGCGGAGGCCGAGGGCGCGAAGGCUCCGAUGCGCAAGCGCGCCGCCUCGCCGAGGAGCUCCGCCCUGCUCGGGACCGCGGCGAAGACGGCCCGCGUCGCCACGCUGGUGGGGCAGAUAUGCACCCGGAAGUGCUGUUGGUGCACUGGCUGGGGCAACUGCCCAGCGUCGGAAAGCCGUCGGCCCACGAAACGAGGAUCGGGUUGUUCAGAGUGUACCGGUCCAGCUGGGAGACCACCUUGCCGUUUGCCAAGAUCUCCACGCUGACGGUGCACGUGGUCGGGGUCCACAACGGCAUGCUGGAUUGGCCGCACUCGGUGCCAUUCGUGACCUCGUCGCAGACGCGCAUGCCAAUGCUCUCACACAUCGCGUUUGCGGUCUCGAAGCGGACCUUCUCCUCAGGGUACGAGCACACGCUCUUCGACUCGAGCGCCCCGUCCGAGCAGUUGUCGUCAGCGUACGGGACGCCCUGUUCCCAGCAGGUCAACCGGCAAAACUUAUUCGCGUCCCACCAGUCAGAGACGGCCGGACAACCCAUGUUGAUCGCCCAGGGCAGCGUCUGA